AAAUAAUUCGGUAGAUUUUUGCGCAUGUCAACCUCUACUCUUUUUAUUUUACGACAUUAUUUUUCCCCCUUGGGCGAUGAAUCGCUGGUCAUCUGGAAAGUGGACAGCGGACACCGGCAGAUACCAAAUUGCGGAAUUCAUACCACGAGUGUACGAAAAAACUGGCCAUAAACAAAACACAAAAAAAAACCAACACCAACUAUUGUCAAUGGUUUGGUUUUCGUCCAACAUUUCUCCGCGAUGGUCCCAGCACUUGGUCUCCAGCCAGCAACGGAAACGGUUGGGUGUGCGGAUCGCAGAUCAUAGUUUGAAUAUCUUUCGCACUUCCAUCCAAGGAUUUACUUUGUUGACUGCUUAAACAUGUUGGCUUUAACAAACUGGAAAUUGGCAAUCAGUUUGUGCAUUAUCGCUGCGGUUUAUGUGAGGCCAGGCUCCUGCGGCGCCUAUACGCGAGAGAUUGUGAACGAUAAGCCACCGCUGCAGGAGAGACCCGCCUGGCUUAAGACCUGCAAGCGUUCCAAUCCCAAUGAGGACAAGUGCUUCCGUCAGCUAUUCGAAGGAUGCUUCCCAGCGCUGGCCGCUGGCAUACCAGAGAUCGGUGUUAAAAGCUUCGAGCCGCUAAACAUCGAUCAAGUGUCCGUGUCGAAGGGCAGUGGGAAUCUAGUGCUGUCCGGCGGAUUCCAGAACCUGGUUAUACGCGGCCCCUCCAAUGCGACAGUGCGAAGAGCCAGUUUGGAUCUGGAGCGACGUCUGCUGAGCUUUGAACUGGUGCUGCCGCGUCUGCGGAUACGGGCCAAGUACAAUCUGAAGGGAAACAUUCUGCUUCUCCCGCUGAUUGGCAAUGGGGAUGUGGCAAUGGCCUUGAAGAACGUGCACACCACAGUCUACACGAGGAUCUCGCUUAGGAAUGAGACCCGGACGGGAGAUGAGAUCAUCCACAUUGACGAGAUGAAGGUCAGCUUCGAGGUGGGGGCCAUGCGAAUCCAUCUAAAGAAUCUGUUCAACGGGAAUGAUAUCCUGGCGGCCUCGAUCAACACGUUCUUGAAUCAAAACGGCAACGAGGUGAUAGCCGAACUGCGGCCAGAUCUGGAGCUGGGGCUGGCCGACAUCUUCCAUGGCCUGUGGAACAAUGUCUUCUCGAAGAUGCCCACCAAGCUGUGGCUGGUCUAGC